GAGACCACGUGUCGUGCACACCAACGCUAACAACGUGAAAGUGGUUACCACAGAGCUUUACCUGAUAGUUCCGAAUGUAAGGCGGUAAGGUUGCUUUUACUUUAGUUCACAGCUCCGUUUAGCCUUGCCCACAUUCGGGGUCCCGGUCGCACAAUGGCAGAAUCAGCCAUAAAAUCUAACGGUACCAACGGAGUGAACCUUAACGUUGACGAUAAGUCAGAUUCAGAUGCAUGCUGCAGUGGUUGUCGAAAAUACACUAAAAGUUGUACUAUAACGCAAAAAUACAGAAUUGAAAUAGUCCAACUUUUACAACUUGCUGGACCUGUGUUUAUUUCGCAGUUGAUGAUCUUUCUUAUAAGUUUCGUCAGCACGGUGUUUUGUGGGCAUAUGGGCAAAACGGAGCUGGCUGGAGUUGCAUUAGCAAUAGCGGUGAUCAAUGUCACAGGCAUCUCUAUUGGUUCUGGCCUGGCUUCAGCUUGUGACACACUCAUAUCUCAGACGUUUGGGGGUGGUAACCUAAAGCGUGUGGGAGUGAUUCUUCAGAGGGGGGUUCUGAUCCUGCUGCUGGCCUGCUUCCCCUGCUGGGCUCUGCUCAUCAACACUGAACCAAUCCUGCUGGCUGUCCGACAGAGCCCAGAGGUGGCCAGGCUCUCCCAACUUUACGUGACAAUCUUCAUGCCCGCUCUUCCAGCUGCCUUCAUGUACCAGCUACAAGGCAGGUACCUACAGAAUCAGGGUAUCAUCUGGCCACAGGUCAUAACUGGAGCGGCGGGCAACAUUCUCAACGCUCUCAUCAAUUACGUCUUCCUGUUCCAGCUGGACCUGGGCGUGGCUGGAUCUGCAGCUGCAAACUCCAUCUCCCAGUACUCCCUAGCAGUGCUCCUCUUUGUAUACAUCGUCUGUAAAGGGCUGCACAAGGCCACCUGGGAUGGCUGGUCACGUGACUGUCUGCAGGAGUGGGAUGCCUUCAUCAUGCUGGCCAUCCCCAGUAUGCUCAUGCUUUGUCUGGAGUGGUGGACCUAUGAGAUCGGAGGCUUCCUAGCAGGGCUGAUCAGCGAGGUUGAGCUCGGGGCGCAGUCGGUCGUGUACGAACUGGCCACCAUCGCGUACAUGUUCCCCCUGGGCUUCUCCGUGGCUGCCAGUGUGAGAGUGGGCAAUGCUCUAGGAGCCGGGGACAUGGAGCAGGCUAAGCUGUCCGGCAAGGUGUCCAUCAUCUGUGCAUUUAUCGUUUCCCUCUUUGUGGGCGGCAUCCUUGGAGGGAUGAAAGAUGUGAUUGCAUAUGUCUUCACCACAGACCUAGAAAUUGUUAACAGGGUUGCCGACGUCAUGUUGCUGUACGCCUUCUUUCAUCUCGGUGAUGCCUUAGCGGGUGUCACAGGCGGUAUUGUGAGGGGAGCAGGGAAGCAGAGUAUUGGGGCCUUGUGCAACUUGGUGGGCUACUACUUCAUAGGCCUUCCCAUUGGGGUGGCCCUGAUGUUUGCCAACAAAAUGGGAAUUGUAGGCUUGUGGUCGGGCUUGUUUGUUUGUGUGAUCAUGCAGAGCACGUUCUUCCUUAUACUCAUAUGGAAACUCGACUGGAAGAAGGCCACUAAUGAGGCUUUGGUGAGGGCAGGAGUUGACGUGUCCGAGAAGAAAGAGGAUUCAUUUGCUAUGGAAAAGAAAGGCUCAUCCAGUUCUCUCCACCCCGGCCCAGGCGACCCGGCCUCAGUUGAGGAGAACGCGGAGGGCUCGGUCUCCGAGCGGGGGGAGAAGGUCGUCACCACCGUGGGGGUGGUGCUGUCGGUCAGGCAGCUGGUGCUACGGCGCGGCCUGGCCGUGUUUCUCAUGCUCCUCAUCCUCGCCGCUGGGGUCACCGUCAGCGAGGUGCUCACCAGGCUUCUCGGCUGACCCCUGAGGCUGACCCCUGAGGCCCCAUCGCUAACCCCCACCCACCGAUUCAAAACCACCCCACCCCUGAUUCUCCGGUAUCUGGCUCUGCCCAAACUCGUUCUGCGAAACUGAGCGGGCAGCCGUAGACUGGCUGUACACCACAAGGUCCGCCAACUAAGAUCGUCAGCCUUAUCAUUAUUAUCGUCAUAGUCAUCACAAAAGAAUAGUCAUAAGAUAGGUCCAUAUUGCUGGACACCACCCUGUGCGGCUUAAUAGUCUUUAUUGUAUUUAUUUUUAAUUAGAUGAUUAUCUCUAUACACUGAUGUACUGUAGUUCAAACCAAAGAUCUCAAUGCACUUUGGCUAUGUAUAAUCAUACAUUAUCUUUUAUCUUCUGUAAUUAUCUACACACACUUGUGAACUGGAGCUCAAACUAAAGAUGUCAAGUGCAGUUCUGACAUGUAUAAUUGUACACACUUUGGAUACUGAUCACUCAUCGUUAUCAGUGAGAUAAGAUGCUAACACUGUAACUGUAAAACUUUUGGGGAUUUGGGCUGUAUUCCAGGCCCUCUUGUCAGAUCUGCCAUCUCAGCACUGCCAAAAUGAAUAAUAAUAAUGAUAUUAUGGUAAUUAUUUACAAUAAGAAUCAUAUUUUAAAUGAAUCACCACAAAUGCUGGCAUUGCCGAGUCAUUUUAACCUGAUGAGCCACCAUUUUAGCCUGAUGAGAUGUCACAGCUAAGAAGGUGUCAUAGCUUUUUUCUUAUUGCGGUGAAGUAAAAUUACUGAGAAGGGAAAUAUCCUUCCACUGAAUUUGUCUGGCUGUGGACCAGUGCAAACAAUGAAGCACUCUGUUAUCCCUGGUUUCCUACACACUAAAGCCACUUUAGAGUGGGACGAAUGUGAAACACAUGUAGACGUGGAGCUGGUUCUCUGAUGUGAGAAAUGUAUUCAUUUAAUAAACACAAUUGUUGAAUUCAGUA